CGACUAUCUCGUCGAAGAUGUAAGAUUGCCAUGUUUGACUUUUACGUAACUAUCUAACUUGUAUUAUCUGUUUUUUUAAUAAUAACACGUACUAUGUGUUGGGAAAAGUACAACUAUCAUCUUCAUAUUGUGACGAAAGAUUGAACAAGUGAAAUGUUAUGGCUCGAGAAAGAUUUCAUUAAACACAGAAUGUAUUUUUAAGACGCAGUUUGAAAAGAUACGACAUGGUCUCUUUUGAGAAAGAAAGAGAGAGAGAGAGAGAGAGAGUGAUAUUAUAUAAUUUAAAUACGCUAUAAAAAGGCAUAAAAAAUUACAUAUAUACAGUUUGAUACCUCGUUUCAAUCUCAUCUGUGCAACAUGUACGCGCUGCCGUCGUUCUCGUUGUUGUUAUUGUUGUUCCAAGUCUGUUGUGGAUUCACCGGGCGUGGACUCUUUUAUCCUGGCAGGACGGACCUCUUCGAGUUGUCGAUAAUUCAUUUGAAUGAUUUUCACGCCAGGUUCGAGCAAACUGGCCCGACUUCUGGAUCUUGCCGCGAGGGUCAUGAGCAGGACUGCGUGGGAGGUAUCGCCAGAGUUUACACGGCAGUCAAUCAGCUCGUUAAAGAACGGCCGAAUGCAAUUUUUCUCAAUGCCGGUGAUCAUUUUCAGGGGACCCUCUGGUACAAUAUCCAUCGCUGGAAUGUCACCGCUCUGUUCAUGAACAUGUUGCCGCACGACGUCAUGACGAUCGGUAAUCAUGAAUUCGAUAAUGAAGUCGAAGGCCUUGUUCCCUUUCUCAAGAAUGUCAAAGCACCGGUUGUGGUAACGAACAUCGAUGAUAGCGAGGAACCAACUCUACAGAAUUUAUAUGAAAAUAGCACGAUCAUCGAGAGGAAUGGUACAAAGAUCGGUGUCAUCGGUGUCAUCCUGUCGACUACGAAUAUGAUCGCGAGUACGGGGAAAUUAAAGUUCUUGGACGAGGUGGAGACAGUCAAUGAUGAAGCCCAACGAUUGAAAAAAAAGGGAGUGGAUAUUAUUAUAGUAUUAAGCCACUGCGGAUUGGAUAUAGACAGAAUUAUGGCUGCGAAGUGUCCCUUGAUCGACGUGAUCGUCGGCGGCCACUCGCACACAUUCCUUUAUACAGGACCUCCGCCUUUUAUCGAUACACCGGAGGACGAAUAUCCUGUAGUCGUGACGCAAAAUGAGACAAACAGAACGGUUCUCAUCGUACAAGCAGCUGCGUUUACAAAAUACUUGGGUAAUUUGACGGUAUGGUUCGAUGACCAAGGCGAGGUCGUCGAUUGGGAUGGAAACCCGCUCCUUUUGGACGAGUCUAUCCCAGAAGAUCCGGAAAUCCUGGAAGCUCUAAAACCAUGGAAGAAGGAAGUGGACGCGGUAGCGUUGGAAAAAAUUGGCAGCACGAGAGUCUUCCUCAGUCACCAGUGUUAUUCCGAGGAAUGUAACAUGGGAAACUUUGUAACCGACGCUAUGGUAAACGCGUUUGUCGAUAGUGCCGAAAAUAAAAAUCAUUGGACGUAUGCAGCGGUAGCCUGCCAAAAUGCAGGAGGACUUCGCACUUCCAUCGAAGAAUCCGAAAUCACUUAUGGUGAUUUGCUGAUGGUUCAGCCUUUCGAAAACACUUGGGAUACCCUUGAACUUACUGGAGAAUCCAUUAAAAAAAUUCUGGAAAUGGGAAAAAUUCUAUCCUGGUCCGGGUUAAAAGUUACUUACAAAGAGGCCAAUAAAAAGCGAACUGUGGUCGACGUUAAAAUCAGGUGCCAAGCUUGUGAAUAUCCAAUAUUCGAAGAUUUGGUGAACGAUCAAUGGUACAGAAUAGUUGUGCCAAGUUUCAUGGUAUCCGGCGGAGAUGGUUAUUACAUUUUCAAGAAUAAUAGUCGCAAUCACAAAAUUGGCGAACGUGAUAUGGAUUACUUUAUUAACUAUGUGAAGAAAAUGAGUCCUAUAUUGACGGGAGUUGAAAGGCGAACAACUUUUGUAUAAUUUUAAAAAUCAGAUUAUAUAUAUAUUUCGCGAUAAUAGAAUUGGAGAGAUUGCAUUUACGAACAAAUAUUGCGCUUAGAGAAGAUAUUUAUUUCUGAUAUUUGAGAUUAC